CAAUGGAGGGUUCAUUGGAAAAGAAUAAUGGGUUGAGUAAUUCGGGUGAGGUUCCUGUUGAUUUCGAAGUGGAAAUUGAGGGUGAAAAUGGAAACCAAACGGACACGGAGACUGAUGAUAAUAGUAUCACUGUGGAAGGACCGCAGUACGAGACAGACAAUUGGCGCAGGACAUGAAUCACAAGGCCUUUACCAUCUUACCUCUUCAAAUUCCUUCACAGCAUGCUUCGUUAUAGACCUUCCAAACCUAAUUCACAAACGUUUGGGACAUCCGAGUCUAUCCAAGCUCCAAAAGAUAGUGCCUAAUUUGUCAAUUUUAUCUACAUUAGAUUGUGAGUCAUGUCAACUUGGGAAACACACCCGUGCUAGUUUCUCACGUAGUGUUGAGAGCUUGAAGUCUAUUUUCUCAUUGGUUCAUUCUGAUGUUUGGGGUCCUUGUAGAGUCAGUUCACCUUUAGGUUUUCGUUAUUUUGUUAGUUUCAUUGAUGAUUUUUCAAGAUGUACUUGAGGUUUCUUAAUGAAAGAUCGUUCUAAGUUAUUUUCUAUAUUCAAAAGUUUUUGUACUGAAAUACAAACUCAAUUUGGUGUUUCUAUUCAUAUUUUUCGUAGUGAUAGUGCCUUAGAAUACUUAUCCUCUCAGUUUCAGGAGUUUAUGACCCAUCAUGGAAUUGUUCACCAGACAUCUUGUCCAUAUACCCCUCAGCAGAAUGGUAUAGUAUAAAGAAAAAAUAGGCAUCUUCUUAAGACUGUUCGCACUCUUCUCAUUGAACCCUAUGUUCCACUGCAUUUUUGGGGCGAUGCAGUCCUCAUUUGUUAUCUAAUUAAUAGAAUGCCAUCAUCUUCCAUUCAGAAUAAGGUUCCUCUUUUUAUAUUGUUUCCACAAUCACAUCUUUACUCUAUCCCCCCUCGUGUCUUUGGGAGCACAUGCUUUGUUCAUAACUUAGCCCCUGGAAAAGAUAAAUUAGCUCUUCGUGCUCUCAAGUAUGUGUUCCUUGGUUACUCUCGAGUUCAAAAAGGGUAUCGUUGUUAUUCACCGGAUCUUCGUCGCUACUUUAUGUCCAUCGAUGUCAUUUUUUUUGAAUCUCGACCUUACUAUAUAUCUUCUGAUCAUCCUGAUGUCUCUGAGAUUUUACCCGUAUCUCCAGUCUUACCUGCACCAUCCUUGGUCUUACCCGUAUCUCCAGACUUACCCAAACCAACCUUUGCAAAAUCAACGUUUACUUCUACGUCUCUAACUGCAGUGCCACCACUUCUGACUUAUCAUCGUCGUCCGCGUCCACUAUUUGUCCCAGAUGACUCAUGUCAUGUGUCUGACGCUGCUCCUACUGCGGACUUGCCUUCUCCUAGCCAAUCAAUUGCACUUCAAAAAGGAUCUGUUAGCGGCAAUGGGUCUGAGCAUAGUGCUGAAAAUGUGGAAAAGUCUGUGGAGAAAUUGGAACCUUGUACUAGUCACCAAGUUAAAGCCAAAGCUGGAAGACACAAACAAAACCACAGUCGAUCUCUAGGUCUGCUAGCUGCAAAACUUUUUGAUGAUGAAGUUCCUUUAAGAAAAAAGCUCAAAUUGUUCAAUAGGCUUGCAACUGUUCAAGAUGAUGGUACUGUGCAAUUUGAAGUUCCGGGGGAUAUUAAACCUGAGAAGCUUGAUUUUGGCACCGGAGUUGUUUACAAUGGAGCUUUAGGUGAAGCAGCAAAUGAUGUAGAUAAUGUAGCUGAUAUUCCAGAAUUACCUCCACUGCAAAUUGUUAUGCUCAUUGUUGGGACGAGGGGAGAUGUACAACCAUUUGUUGCCAUUGGGAAAAAGUUUCAGGAAAAUGGUCAUAGGGUGAGACUAGCAACUCAUGCCAAUUUUAAGGAGUUUGUAUUGGGUGCUGGAUUGGAAUUUUAUCCUCUAGGUGGAGAUCCAAAAGUUCUUGCUGCAUACAUGGUAAAGAAUAAAGGGUUUUUGCCAUCUGGACCUUCGGAAAUACUUAUUCAACGGAAUCAGAUUAAAGAUAUUGUAUUCUCCUUAUUACCUGCAUGCAUAGAUCCCGAUCCGGAGUCAAAUGUUCCAUUCAAAGUAAACGCCAUUAUUGCCAAUCCUCCUGCAUAUGGACAUAUGCAUGUAGCAGAGGCCCUGAAAGUACCAUUGCAUAUAUUUUUCACAAUGCCAUGGACGCCUACUAGCGAGUUUCCACAUCCUCUCUCUCGUGUCAAGCAGUCAGUUGGUUAUAGACUAUCAUAUCAAGUCGUUGAUGGACUGAUCUGGCUAGGGAUUCGGGAUGUGAUAAAUGACUUUAGGAAGAAAAAGCUGAAGUUAAGGCCAGUAACUUAUUUGAGCAACUCCAACAGUUAUCAUCCAGAUGUGCCAUAUGGGUAUAUAUGGAGUCCACACCUAGUUCCUAAACCCAAAGAUUGGGGCCCAAAAAUUGACGUGGUGGGGUUUUGCUUCCUAGACCUUGCUUCCAAUUAUGAACCCCGAGAAUCACUCGUCAAAUGGCUUGAAGAUGGUGAAAAGCCUAUCUAUAUUGGCUUUGGAAGUCUUCCUGUUCAAGAACCUGAAAAAAUGACCAAGAUAAUUGUUCAGGCUCUAGAAAUGACUGGACAAAGAGGUAUCAUUAACAAAGGCUGGGGUGGCCUUGGGAACUUGAAGGAACCAAAGGAUUUUGUGUACCUGUUGGAUAAUUGCCCUCACGAUUGGCUAUUCCUGCAAUGUGCUGCUGUGGUGCAUCAUGGAGGUGCUGGAACAACCGCUGCUGGACUGAAAACCGCUUGCCCAACAACUGUGGUACCUUUCUUUGGCGAUCAAACCUUUUGGGGUGAACGCGUGCAUGCUAGGGGAGUAGGUCCUGCUCCCAUCCCUGUGGACGAGUUCUCCCUUGAAAAGCUGGUCGCUGCUAUCCGGUUCAUGCUAGAUCCAAAGGUAAAAGAACGUGCUGUAGAACUAGCAAAAGCCAUGGAACAUGAGGAUGGAGUGACUGGAGCUGUGAAAGCAUUCUAUAAACAUUUCCCUCGAGAAUCACUUGAGCCUAAGCCUGAGGUCUCGCCUCGUCCUCACCAUUUCUUUUCCCUAAGACGUUGUUUCGGACGCUCCUAAUAUUUUAUUCAAAGUGUACUUCUGUGUGAUCAAUGUUGUAUAAACAGAAAAGAUCGUCGGAUUAGCAACCUUGAUAUCAAAAAGAAUCCAUAAAAAAAUUAAGGAUCCAACGCCAUGGUAGAAUUCUAGAUAAUGUGCGGAGUUUUUUCUUCUUUUUUUCUCA